AUGUCGCAACUAGACAAUUUACAAAACCGAGAUCUGGCUGAAGAAAUUGAAGCCAUCAAUGCAAUUUACGAACCUGAUACCAUCACAUUAGACCUAGGCGCCGCAUCCUCCACGAACAACACCCUUGACUUGGGGAGUGCCGGAUCAUCCAAUGACGAUGCGCAAACCACAAUAACGCUUCAGCUCCCCGGUCAACCCCAUCUCUCCUUUAUCAUUGGAUUCGGUGUAACCUACCCGGAGACUCAGCCCGCAAUUCUUGGUACCGCAUCGACUGCUGCGCGCGGAGAAGGGAAGAUCGCCGUGGAUGUGCUGGAAGAUAUUGUGCAACGGACAUGGCAGCCUGGCUCUGUGUGCUUAUUCGAUGUGAUCAGCGAAGCAGUCGAAGUAUUCCCCGAAUUGAAUAUUGGCGGAAGCAAAGACAAUGAGCAGAACGGCGCUUCGGAUUCCACAAUAUCUCCUAGUCAAGCAGAAACCGAUGACUCUACUGCAGCGAUUUCACAAUCAGCUGAGAAAUUUGCUACUUUGUCAUUAAAAGAUGCGUUCGGACUUGAUAAUCCUCCAGACUGGAUCCUCUCAGACGUUGUGACUGAAAAGAAAUCCGUGUUUCUAGCCCGCGCUGCGCGAGUGACAAGUCUUGCGCAGGCACAAGCUUAUUUGGAUCAUCUCACUGCAACUGAUAAAAAGGUCGCGGUGGCAACACACAAUAUAAGUGCGUGGCGUAUUAAGCAGAAGAAAGAUGUGCCUGGAGGAUCAGAUGCAGCCGAGACGCAAAUACAGGAUUACGAUGACGAUGGGGAGACCGCCGCAGGAGGGCGUUUACUGCAUGUCAUGCAAUUGAUGGAUGUCUGGAAUGUUCUAGUUGUGGUCUCGCGCUGGUAUGGAGGUAUUCACCUCGGACCUGCGAGAUUCCGACUUGUUAACGAUGUUGGCCGCGACGCCUUGGUCAAGGGUGGUUUUGUCCGCGAUGAAAAUCCUGGUCCUGAAAAGGGAAAGAAGAAAGGCAAGAAAUGA